CAGGUUUGUGAUUUUCCACCAGAGGAGGGAGACAGACCCUGACGCUCACACCGGCUCGUUUUCUCAUCAACCUUUGUUUUUUUUGUCCUCCUUUCUUUUUUAUUUUCUUUUUCUUUGUUUCAGAUGAAGAAUGGGCUGCGCAAUAUCAGGUCUGGCCGCUAAAUCGGAGUUUUCCCAGAAGGACCGAGAGGAGGAUGCUGCCCACCCCAGCCAGGAGCACAUCCAGAUGAUUAAAGACUCGUGGAAAGUUAUCCGGGAUGAUAUCGCCAAAGUUGGGAUUAUAAUGUUUGUCAGGUUGUUUGAGACCCAUCCCGAGUGCAAGGAUGUCUUCUUCCUGUUCCGAGACGUGGAGGACCUGGAGAGGCUGAGGACCAACCGGGAGCUCAGGGCCCACGGCCUACGGGUGAUGUCUUUUAUUGAGAAAAGUGUGGCCAGACUGGAUCAGCCAGAGAGACUGGAAGCUCUGGCCAUGGAGCUGGGAAAGAGCCAUUAUCAUUACAACGCCCCGCCUAAGUACUACAGUUAUGUGGGAGCAGAGUUCAUCUGUGCUGUGCAGCCCAUCCUGAAGGAGAGAUGGACCGCUGAGCUGGAGGAGGCUUGGAAGACCAUGUUCCAGCACGUAACCAGCCUGAUGAUGCAGGGAUACCAGGAGGAGAGCGCCCGGCAGCGAAACCUCGCCAUGUCUCCAAAGGACAGAUUAGACAAGAAGAACACGGCCCUAUGAGAUAAUCGUCUGUUUUUACCAAAACAGGAAAAAUAUGUACAUAUGUGUUUCUAUGUUGCUCGUGUUCAGUCAACAUUUGCAGGUUUAUUAUGACCCCCRCAUGUGAAGCGUGAGCAGGAGUCAUAUUGUUUUCAUACUUUUUUUUUUUUUKUUCAGUGAUUUUUGGUCAAUCGUAACACAAAAACGGCUGCACCGGUCAACACGAAAUUAGGCAGGGCUGUAGAUGAGUUGAUGAGUAGAUGAGGCUGUAGACGGUUUUACGAUAGACCCCAUAUUUGAGGAGGGGGCUCCUUUCAAAGAGGAGGUGUCUGGACAUGCAA